CCUGUACCCAAACAAAACACUUCUCUCUCUCUCUCUCUCUCUCUCUCUUCAUGAGCUUCCCUUUGGUCUGCUACUGCAUGGCGGUGCCACAGCCGGUGGUGCAGCUGCUGAAGACCCUGGAUCGAAUCCGGUCCUUCAUCUUGUUGGUCCUCGUCUACCUCGGCGUGUACCAACAGGACCAGCACAUAGCCUCGGCGACAGGCCGACCACCCGGCCCGGCCACGCCCUCGUCGAUCAAGGCCAGGCUUCCGGUCGUCGAAGUCGGGAGCCUCGUCGACGGGAGACCGCGAGGCUGGUGCUGCGCCGAGGAGCCCAUGUGCGUGUUUUGCCUGGAUAGGCUGGAGCCGAAGGACGAGGUCAGGGAGCUCGGCAACUGCCGCCACGCGUUCCACAGAGGGUGCAUCGACAGGUGGGUGGACAAGGGCGAGUUCAGCUGUCCGGUGUGCAGGUCGGAGCUGUUGCCGAGCGGAGCCGACGGGAUAAGGGGGGCCAUCCUUAAAUUCAUUUGUGGACUAGUGAGACGUCACGGUGUUGAAGAUGACAAUUAACUACGUACAAUAAUGGUGGGGGGAGGAUUUGUUCAUUGCAGGAGUUGAGCUGUUAACAUUGCGCGGUUGGGGGAGAGGAAAGGAGACAUCUAAUAGCAUUAAGUACAUAAUACGAUGUCCUUGUUUACUGAGGAGGAGAAGAAAAUACUGUUUUCUUCUUUGUUAUUUAUAAGCAUGCUAUUGGAAUUUGUAUAUGUCAAAUUAAUACUAAAGCAAUAACAA